AUGGACAAAAUUGCUGCUAACACAUGCGUUGAAUUCAAACCUCGGACAAACGAGGAAGACUACGUCGACAUUAUCAACGCGGAGUCGGAAGGAUGCGGUUCAAACGUAGGAAGAAUCGCAGGCAGGAAUGCCAUAUAUCUCGAGUCAAGCAAACAUGAAAACUGUAUGAAUGCAAAAACCAUAAUGGUAAUGCUUUUGCACAGUGUAGGACUUAGUGGAGAGCAUAUGCGAGAGGAUAGGGACAAAUACAUCAAAGUUCAUUACGAGAACAUUGCAGAUCCAAUGCUGAACUUCUUCUUCGCGAUAGCCGCAUCAACGCAAAACUAUAUCAACGUUCCCUACGAUUAUCUUUCUAUCAUGCAUAAUGCAAAAGAUGCUUACGCAAAAGCAGGCACGAUGACUAUUGAGACUCUUGAUCCUGCCUAUCAAGUAAUAGAUAAAAUUGGAAAGCAAACGGAGCCAUCCGCUCGCGAUUAUGAAAAGAUCAAUGUCCUUUACGAAUGCAUAAGGCCUUAA